AUGUCAGACCAGUUUUUGUCGCGGCGUAUUUGCGGAGACUUUGAAAUUUUCGCAUUGCGCGUUGGAGAAACACGCUGGUUCAGGAUUGGCGGUGGAAAUCAAGUUAGUGAUGUGACGGGAGCCAACCGACUCCAGAACGCGCCACGUACAGAGUCGAAGACUCGCCAGCUUUCCAUUACCAAGUUGCCUCUGACAUCUCCAUGUCCACAAUCGAUCAAGCAUCCAAAGUCUUUACUUGAAAGCAUCAUCGCCAAGAUGAGGCGCACUUCGCUUCUCACCUCGUUGAUGAGCUCUGCGGCCAUCCUACCAUGGCCUGGCUUAGCAAGAGAGGACUGUCCCACCACUGGGCCAGCAGCUGUUCCAACCGCUGUCCAGCCUUUCGAAAUCGUUCAUUGCAUCCCGCUUCAUCUCAGCACUUCUCUCUCUUCCAAUACCGUUUUCACUAUAGCUGGCACGACCGUCAAGGUCACCAAUGCUCCAACUGUGGUUAAUACCGACUUCCUGACCACGAUGACUAUGACGUACAGCUCUGCUGUGGUCACAAACUCUCCCUACAAUGGCCCUUGUGUCACGGUUACCGCAAAUGUUCCUGCAGGAUCCCAGCCGACCACCAUUGUCAUCCCUCCUCAAAGCGGCCAAGCCACUGGCACGAAGUACAUCUGCUCUCCUCUCGAGUCCAACAAGCCCUGGUUGCCAGGUUCAAACUCUCCCAACGGUGGAAGCUUCACAACAGCCACGGCCCCCUAUCCGGGCUCAACCUUGACGACCUUGACCAUCCCCCCCAGCGGCGGCGACCCUACCGGAACUGUCCUCGUGCUGACCCCUGCGCCUACGCCGAAUGCGGGAAGUCCUUCUUUCAAUGGACCCUACACGACCAUCACAGCUCCCGGUACGGUGUUGACUACUUUGACGUUACCUCCCUCCGGGACCGAUGGCACUGGUACCCAAAUCGUCUACGUCCCACCGCAGACGGGGGGGCUGGUGACUGCCACGUCGACCGGCUCUCGGCCUGGUCAGACAGGACUCAUCACCAUACCCCCUGGCAAGCCCGGAGACCCGACGACGAUUGUCACGGUUGUUCCUCCUGCUAGCGGUGGCGUCGUGACAUCCACCUCGACCGGUACAACCCCGGGUCAGACGGGGCUGAUUACUCUGCCUCCUGGAAAGCCUGGCGACCCUACCACUGUGGUCACGAUUGUCCCUCCCCCAACAGGAGGCGUGGUCACUUCCACUUCGACUGGUACCAGCCCUGGUCAGACAGGUCUACUGACUCUGCCGCCCGGCAAGCCCGGGGACCCAACUACGGUUGUUACCAUCGUCCCCCCUCCGACCGGCGGGGUUGUCACGUCAACGUCCACCGGCACGCAGCCUGGCCAGACUGGCCUCCUGACAUUGCCUCCCGGAAAGCCUGGAGAUCCUACUACCGUUGUUACUAUUGUGCCGCCUCCUCCCACUGGGGGAGUGGUCACUUCCACUUCAACCGGCACCCGGCCCGGUCAGACUGGUCUGUUGACACUGCCGCCUGGAAAACCUGGCGAUCCUACCACAGUCGUCACCAUCGUCCCACCACCCACCGGAGGUAUAGUCACUUCUACAUCGACUGGUACUCAGCCCGGUCAGACUGGCCUACUCACCCUCACCCCUGGAAAGCCUGGUGAUCCUACUACAGUCGUUACUAUCGUACCUCCUCCCGGUGGCUUUGUUACUUCUACGUCGACUGGCACUCAGCCAGGCCAAACGGGCCUCCUCACCCUUACUCCUGGAAAGCCUGGCGAUCCUACCACAGUUGUUACCAUCGUCCCACCACCCACCGGAGGUAUAGUCACUUCUACAUCGACUGGUACUCGGCCCGGUCAAACCGGCUUAUUGACCCUGACACCAGGUCGACCCGGCGAUCCUACCACAGUUGUCACGAUUGUGCCUCCUCCUGGUGGCUUCGUCACUACUACUUCCACUGGCACUCAGCCCGGUCAAACCGGUUUGUUGACCCUGACACCAGGCCGACCCGGCGAUCCGACUACCGUGGUCACCAUUGUGCCCCCUCCGGGAGGGUUGACAACUGUCACCUCAACAGGCACUCGGACUGGCGUCACAACUCUCACGCCCGGCCGCUCAGGAGAUCCAACGACUGUGGUUACGUUCGUUCCAUCUCCCACAGGUGGCUUCGUCACAAUCACCUCAACCGGAACAGGAAUUGGCCUCAUCACCCAGACUCCUAGCCGCCCAGGCGACCCAACUACCGUCAUCACCAUUGUCCCAAGUCCUACAGGUGGCUUCGUCACCAUCACAUCUACUGGAAGUAGCACUGGCCUGAUUACUCAGACUCCCGGUAGGCCUGGAGAUCCAACUACAGUCAUCACUCUGGUGCCAAGUCCUUCUGGCGGGGUGACGACCAUCACCUCAACCGGAACAGGAACUGGGUUGAUCACUCAGACUCCUGGACGACCUGGCGACCCGACUACAGUCAUUACUAUUGUGCCCUCCCCAACUGGGGGCUUCACUACAAUUACCUCCACGGGAACAGGAACUGGCUUGAUCACUCAAACCCCUGGCCGCCCCGGAGAUCCUACCACUGUCAUUACUAUUGUUCCGUCUCCCACUGGAGGUUUCGUCACCAUAACCUCUACCGGAACGGGUACGGGUGUCGUCACUCAGACUCCCGGCCGACCUGGUGACCCAACCACCAUCGUGACUAUUAUCCCGAGCCCCACGGGAGGCAUUCUUACACUUACGUCUACCAGUGGUUCAGUCACUGGCGUCACCACCCAGACUCCGGGUAGACCUGGGGAUCCCACUACUGUCAUCACUUUCGUCCCAACCCCCAUUCCUCGGGUUACUCUCACUCAAACGGGGUCAACUACCGGUCUUACAACCUUGACCCCCGGAAGAGUGGGAGACCCGACUACAGUCAUCACCCUUGUGACUGGCCCUCCAUAUGUGACCGUCACAUCGACGGGAUCCUCAACUGGCCUAUUCACUCAGGCUCCUGGCAGACCCGGAGACCCGACUACAAUUGUCACCAUUGCGACUGGCCCGCCGCCCGUUACCGUGACAUCCACAGGCAGCACCACCGGAUUGACUACGAUUCCUGGAGGACCUGGAGGACCACCAACUGUGAUUACUUUUGUGCCGACACCACGUGUGACUACGAUCAUUUCAACAGCUAGCACGACCGGCUUGACGACUCUUCCCUACGGCGGUGACUCGGUUUACACAGUAGUGACAUUUGUUACUCCCUCGUCACCGGUCACAGUCACUUCGACUGGAAGUAUUACUGGUCUGACAACCCUUACUCCGGGGCCCAGUGGCGGCCCUCCCACGGUUGUCACUUUCGUUACUACACCAGUUCCAGUCACAGUCACUUCGACUGGAAGCGUCACUGGCCUAACGACUCUCACACCCGGCCCUAGCGGCGGCCCUCCCACGGUUGUCACUUUCGUUACUACACCUGUGCCAGUCACAGUCACUUCGACUGGAAGCACUACUGGCCUGACAACCCUUACUCCGGGACCUAGUGGCGGCCCUCCCACGGUAGUCACUUUCGUUACUACGCCCGUACCAGUUACAGUCACUUCGACUGGAAGCGUCACUGGCCUGACUACCCUUACGCCCGGCCCCAGCGGUGGUCCUCCUACGGUUGUAACCUUCGUCACUACGCCCGUACCAGUCACAGUUACUUCGACUGGAAGCAUUACUGGCCUGACUACCCUGACUCCCGGCCCCAGUGGCGGCCCUCCGACUGUCGUGACUUUUGUCACAACCACGGCUCCGAUCCCGCCGGUGACUAUCAUUUCGACCGGUUCUACGACCGGUUUGACCACUGUCCCACCGGGUCCCAGCGGCGGCCCUACAACAGUCAUCACCUUUGUCCAGCGUCUAGGCUUCAUCACCACGCUCACUUCGACAGCCACCCAGACUGGAGUAACAACUGUGAUUCCUACAGACCCUGCCGGUACCACUAGUGUCAUCACUUUCGUUCAGCCUCCUACAGGCUUCAUCACAACAGUAACGUCCUCGGCUACACGCACUGGAGCGACCACCAUCAUUCCAUCCGAUCCCGCUGGCACCACCAGCGUCAUCACCUUCGUCCCGAUCACGGGCGGGCUCACAACCAUCACUUCCACAGGCACACAGACGGGAGCUACCACCAUCAUUCCAUCGGAUCCCGCCGGAACUACCAGUGUCAUCACUUUCGUUCCUCCGAUCACGGGCGGCUUGAUAACUCUUACGUCGACUGGUACCCGAACAGGAGUAACUACAAUCGUUCCAACGGAUCCUGCUGGAACCACCAGCGUCAUCACCUUCGUUCCUAUCACCGGUGGUUUGACCACUCUCACAUCGACCGGCACUCAAACAGGAGUCACUACUAUAAUUCCAACAGAUCCUGCUGGAACCACCAGUGUUAUUACCUUCGUUCCUCCGAUCACAGGUGGCUUGACAACUCUCACGUCAACCGGCACCCAGACGGGUGCAACUACAAUCAUUCCAACGGACCCUGCUGGAACUACCAGUGUUAUCACUUUCGUUCCCCCCAUCACGGGUGGUUUGACCACUCUCACAUCGACAGGCACUCAAACGGGUGUAACUACAAUCAUCCCCACGGAUCCCGCCGGAACUACCAGUAUUAUCACUUUUGUUCCCCCUAUCACGGGUGGCUUGACAACUCUUACGUCGACCGGCACCCAGACGGGUGUAACUACUAUUAUCCCCACGGAUCCCGCCGGAACCACUAGUGUCAUCACCUUCGUCCCUCCGAUCACUGGAGGACUUACGACGGUUGUAUCUACAGGUACACAGACUGGCCUCACUACCAUUAUCCCCACGGAUCCUGCUGGCACAACAAGCGUCAUUACUUUUGUGACCCCUAGCAGCACUAGCAGCAGCUCGACCUCAACCACAAUUGCCCCUGGUCCGACCUACAGCUGCGACGCUGGUGGCUACUUGAUUCAGAGCACCACACUCUACCGACUAAACCUCACUACUGGGGUUCAGACCACGGUUUCUACCAAUGUUGGACCUGGUGGUCAGAUCAACGCGAUUGGCUAUAACCCCUUGGAUAACUACAUUUAUGGUAUUACUACUGUGAACAAUGUGAACCGUAUAAUCCGCAUCGCGAGCAACGGCCAAGCGGUUCUCAUUGGCCCAGAUCUUCCAACUGGAUACUACAACGUUGGAGAGAUCGACACACUCGGACGAUACUACAUCAGCGUUAGCGGUGGAGCCUGGGCACAAAUCGAUAUGAACCCCAACUCGGCGACCUUCACGCAGAUCAUCGCCACUGGUACUAGUACUAUCGCCAAUGGCGUAUCCGACUGGGUUUAUGUACCCGGAGGUGGCGAUUACCUCUACAGUAUCACGGGAGUCGACGCCAACGGUCGAUUCUCAUUGGCGAGAUGGAGUCGGACUACUCAUGACUGGUCAAUUGUACGGACAUACACGAGGAUCAAUGGCAACGAAGUGUUUGGAGCGCUUUAUGCCUCGAGCGGCAACACGUUCUACGGCUCCGAAAACAACAGCGGAAAUAUUUAUAAUUUCAACGUCAACUCUGGUCAGCCAACCUUGGUCUCCGAUGGUCCUGUUUCGGGAGUCAACGAUGGAGCUCGCUGCGUAUAUACAGCAGAUCCAUCCAUUCUCACCACUUCCACAAGUUCUACCAUGACCAGCACGACCUCGUCAUCGACGAGCAGUUCCACUUCAGCCACCCCCACCACUGCUGCCCCGACUACAACUGACACCUCCACCACGUCCAGCUCGACGACUUCGUCCUCGACUUCUUGCGUGGUCUCCUUGACGAGCACGGCCUCGGCCGCCGCCCCGGCGGGUGCCACAGCCCAAGUAGUUGUUCCUGCCUGCGCCACUGUCAUGCGAUUCACCGUCCUCGGUGGCGGCGGUGGCGGCGGUGGUGCUGGUGCAUCGAUCAACGGCUCCAUCGCUGUUACCCCAGGCGAAACUGUUUUGCUGCUCGCUGGCGGCGCUGGUACGAGAGUCAAUGCCGUUGGUGCUGCUGGCCAGAGUCAGUACGGUAACGGUGGAUCUGCCUCCAACAAUGGCGGUGGAGGUGGCGGCGCUUCCGCUCUCUACCUCGGCCAGAACCUUCUUGCGGUCGCUGGCGGAGGCGGCGGCGGGUCCAUCGUGGUAUCCAACAACGGCCAAGGAGCUUUUGAACUAAACUACAACUACAUUGGCGGAACAAGUAACGCCGGUGACAAGGGUUCUUCCUACAAUAUCACGCUGCCGAGCGGUACCGUCACGUCCACAUCCAAUGGAGGAGCUCCGGGCACUCAGAUUCUCGCCGGAGCCGGUGGUAGGUGGACAGGCUUGGGAACGUCGGCAAACGGAAAUCCGGGAAGCGGAUCCGUUGGCGGAAACGGUAUUGCCGGCGCGGGCGGCAGCUUCAACGAUGGCUCUGGCGGCGGCGGCGGUGGUUACCGCGGUGGAGGUAGCGGAGCCACUGGCUACUAUUCGGUGGGCUCAACAGUCCAGCGUAUGCCGGCCGGCGGUGGCGGUGGUUCCAGCUUCGUGGACGCCUCGGUUUCGGACUCGUUCCAAGGCCUCGCCGCUUCAACUGCCCCCGAUAAAGUCCCUCCUUCAUCCUUGAAGAAGCAACAAGACGAACAAAAAGUUGUUGGUGAUUACCUAAUUUACAGGAUGACUCAUCUGUCGGCAAAAUGUCGCUUUGCCGACGAGACCGGAGAGAGACGAAAGCUCGGGCCGCUGCCAGCUGCCGCCUGGGUCACCUCGGCAUCCCGACAUUUCGCCGUCAUCGGUGUGACGAGAGAGCCCUCUGACACAUACUCGCAGGAUGCAUCGGACUUGACCUCGUCACUUUCUUUCUUGUCUUUCUUUGUCUUCAACCUUUACUUUACUCUUGUUUCAUCACCUCUUCUACCCACUGUCAGCAGCAGCACGAUGGAGGCUCGCAGAAGCCCCUUUGAUGACGGGCCUCUCCCGCCCAUCAAAUCAACCGCGUGCCGCCGAUGCCAUUCGCGAAAAGUAAAGUGCUCCGGCGACCAGCCCUGUCAGAAUUGUCGGCAUGCCGGGAAGGGUGCCGAGUGCACUUAUCCGCGCCGCAAUAGACAGGUCAAGAAUUUGUUGUACAAUUACAGCUACAUUGACGGUCUUCUGGAUGAGAUUCGCCGUCUCAAGAGCCAGGUUGCCUCUCAGAGCGCUUCGACCUCCACAUGUGCGCCGCUAGAUGACGUGAUAUCAACGACGACGUCGACAGCAACACCAUCUCAAAACACCAGUUACACUGGCCACAGGGAGGUCUUGUCAACGCCAACGUCUGCAAACCUAGGCGACAAUGAAGAUCUCUCGACAGUGGCAGCGGCGGCGGAAGAUGCAGUAGCGGCAGCCGGAACCGCAGCUCCAACAACGGCAACCCUCGAAGUUCGACCGUGGUUCAUCAACGCCAACGUCUUCCGCACCCCGAUCCUCAUCGGCGAGGUCGCUGACGCCGCCUUCUCCACCCGCUUCCGCCAGGUCAUCUCGGACCCCUACGCGCCGCAACCUCGCCACAUGCUGCGCGUGAACUACGCUCCCGACGCCGAGCUCAUGGCUCUCGUCAAGUCCUCCGACGUCGCCUGGCCCACGCCCUCGCGCUCCCGCUUCCUCGUCGAGGUCGCCCUCAAGUACGUCGCCCGGCGGUACCACGUCGUCCGCCGCAGCGCCGUCAUGCGCGACCUCGAGCAGAGCAUUCACAACCCCUCCUGGGGCGACCUCAUGCUCCGCUCCAAGCUGUGGGCUCUCUUCGCCAUCGGCGAGCUCUACUCCACAAGGUCCAUCCCCUCGGAAAAGGACUUCCCCGGGAUGCCCUACUUUGCCAAGGCCUCGCGCGUACUGGGUGUGCUCGACGAGCGGCCGGGCACGGAUUCGAUCGAGAUCAUGCUGCUUCUUUCCUUCUACUCGUUGGCCCUCAACCGCCGCUACAGCGCCUUCGUCAUGUCCGGCACCGCGAUGCGCAUGGCCAUCGUUAUGGGCCUUCACCUCAACAUCCCCGAGUCCCAGCUACGCGACCCUGAUCUACGCGAGCACCGCAAGCGCCUCUUUUGGACGACGUACAUCUUUGACCGCAUCUGGGCCUCUAAGCUCGGCCACCCGACCGCCAUCCAAGACAGCGACGUCGGCGUCGAUCUGCCCUCUGAGGCGGAGAAUGAUGGGGUGGCAGUGGUGCGGACUCACGCGACCGACUUUGAGGAUACCGCAUACCACGUGGCGAGCCUGCGGCUGGCGGCCCUCAUCACCAAGACGGUCCGCUCCAUCUACGGCCAGCGCAGCCAGGGCGAGGCGACGACACUGUCGACGAGGGUCCAGCAGGCGCUCAAGGAUCUGCGGGCCUGGGUGGAGGAUUUGCCUGCCCAUUUGCAGCUCGAUAAUGCGGGAACUGGGCCGAAGCCUAUUUCGCUGCACUUGUCUUUUAACCAGGUAUUAGAAUCUCGCACAGACGCUCACCUGAAGAGACAAUCCUUUACUAACGCAUGCUCCUUCAAGUGCGCAAUCCUAGCAACACGCCCAAUUCUCCUCCACAUCCUACGAACCAAAGUCGCCUCAUGGCCAUCCGCAACCACGACCACAGAGACUCAGCAAGUCCCCGCGAGCGCAAUCACGCUAUCGGAAGCCUGUAUCCGCUGCGCGCGCCACUCGAUUCGCUUGCUGACUGAAUCGUGGAUCGACGGGUCUUUUGCGACGUUUGACUAUUUUUACACGCAGUACCUUUUCUCUGCGCUGACGAUCCUCGCCGCGUCGAGUCUUCUCCAGGACAGCACGUCAGGGGCGGGGACAACGCCCAAUGACGACAAGGAGGCCUUUGAGGAAUCGGUCAGGUUCCUCUCGCAGCUGCGCGACGCGGGGAAUUUCGCUGCAAUGGAGUACUGUCACCACGUCGACGUGAUGAGGGCUGAGCUUGAUAGGUUUUAUGCGAAGCGUAUGGGGAGGGUGGACGCUGAGCAGCAGCAGACGCAGACGCAGGUUUCUUCUACAUCUUCCUAUGGCGAGGUACUGCCGCCGUCGCACGGACCCGGACCUGAACCUGAAUCCGGCCCGCUAAUGUCGUCGCAAUUCGGUCCCAGUGGUGCAAGUGGACUUCCAGUGCGGCCGGGGACGGGGCCCACGACGGCGGGAAUGGCGCUGACGGAGCCGUCGUUGGAGGAGCUCCUUGCGCAACCGGUGUUGGAUCUGCAGUUUUUGGAGGCGUCGUUCUAUGAUGACUUGCAGGCGUUGUAUUGGCCUGAUUUUAGCGCGGAGAAUUGGGAUACGUGGGCUUCUACCUGA